UUUCUUCCGCUCCAAGCUUACUCUGUUAAAUUAACUUCGGAGGCUAUGGGCUCUCUCAUUCAGAAACUUUCUUCUGCUUUGCCCAUAUAUCUCUCAGGUACUCUUCAAUUCCUUAUAGCUUGCAUGACACCUUCAACACAGCGUUUAAAUUAUGGAAUGUAUCUGAUUUUAGUUCCUAGUUGAGCAUAGAAAAGCAUAAAAUCAGGGCUCUCUCUGUUAAAUUCUCGUUUUUAUUUAAUUUUUUCCUUUCAGGGAUUAAACCCUAGCUGUGGUGUUUCAUUUUACAGUGAUUAUAUAAGAGUUUAUCUUUAUUGGAUGAGUAGGUUUUUUGUGGAAUUCAAAAUGGCUCAGGCAGCUGUGGAGGUUCCUCCUAAGGGUGGAUUCAGUUUCGAUUUGUGUAGACGCAAUGAAAUGCUUUCUAACAAAGGCGUACCACCUCCGUCUUUUCGAAAAACUGGGACAACUAUUGUUGGGUUAAUUUUUCAGGAUGGUGUUAUUCUAGGGGCAGACACAAGAGCCACCGAAGGACCUAUAGUUUGUGACAAAAAUUGUGAGAAAAUUCAUUAUAUGGCGCCCAAUAUUUAUUGCUGUGGAGCAGGAACUGCUGCUGAUACAGAGGCAGUAACAGACAUGGUCAGUUCCCAACUGCAGCUGCAUCGAUAUCACACUGGUCGAGAAUCAAGGGUUGUCACUGCUCUUAGUCUUUUGAAAUCUCACCUUUUCAACUACCAAGGUUACGUUCAAGCUGCUUUGGUGCUUGGUGGAGUUGAUGCUAAUGGUCCAAAUUUGCACACUAUCUACCCUCAUGGAUCCACAGACACUUUGCCAUUUGCUACAAUGGGUUCUGGUUCCCUUGCUGCGAUGGCUGUUUUCGAGUCGAAGUAUCAUGAAGGCUUGACAAAGGAAGAAGGAAUAAAUUUGGUGUGUGAGGCUAUUUGCUCUGGCAUUUUCAAUGACUUAGGAAGUGGAAGCAAUGUAGAUGUUUGCGUAAUAACUAAGGGUCACAAAGAGUACCUGAGAAACCACCAGUUGCCAAAUCCUCGCACAUAUGUCAGUUCCAAAGGAUUUUCAUUUCCCAAGAAGACUGAAGUUCUAUUGACAAGGGUUACGCCAUUGCUAGAAAAGGUGGAAGUGGUCAACGGAGGAGAUGCAAUGGAAGAAUGAGAUCUGUGGUUGAACUCCAUGUUGCAAUUUGAAUGAAUUUCUUUCCCACUUCAAUUGCUUCUAAAUCACUUAAUGUAGUUUCGAAUCUGGGUCUAUAGUUAAUUUCAAACUCUUUUUCUGUUAUUUUUCGCUGAUUUAUUAAGCUGGACAUCAGUCAACCUUAGGGUCCUAAUUUUCAGGACAUGGCUUAAAUUAUUAAAAAUUAUAUCUUAGCUUGUAAAGCAUGAUUAUUUGGAGAAUUGUUUUCUUGUUUCUCAGCUUUGGAGCACCCCAUUAUUAAUGCGGAAUUAAUCAACUUGGUUA